AUGGAUUGGAUCCAGGCUGGCCGCUUGGUCCUCUACAGCCUCGGGCUUUUUUUCGUCUACAAGAUCUUCGCCCAGUUCAAGCAUGUUCGACGGCCAUCCUUACCCCCAGGGCCGAAGCCCAAGUUCUUGGUCGGAAACUUGGGUGACCUCCCUCAGGCGGGAAAACAGGAAUGGGCGCAUUGGCUGCGGCACAAAGAUGCCUACGGUGGCAUCAGCUCGGUCACGAUUAUGGGCCAGACGAUAGUUAUUGUCCACAAUAUUCGGUUGGCAUUUGAAUUGCUGGAAAAGCGCUCUGCAAAGUUCUCGUCGCGACCAAAGCAAGUUUUUGCUGGUCAAAUGUUAGGAUGGGAAAACUCACUCGGCCUCUCUCCAUACAACAAUCGUUUCCGGGCGCUCCGCAAGAACAUGUCGAAAGUGAUCGGUUCGCAGGCUGCUGCAGCGGUGUUCAAUCCUCUGCAAGAGAAAGAAGUCGGCCAUUUUCUGCUUCACUUAUUAAAUGAUCCUGAUAAUCUUGCCGAGCAUAUCCGAAAGGAAGCUGGAUCGGUGAUUCUCAAGAUUGCGUAUGGUUACACAACAGAACAACAUAAGCUAGAUCCCCUGGUAGGGUUGGCCGGUCAAGCCAUGGAUCAAUUCGCGCAUGCUGGGGUUCCGGGUGCCUGGAUGGUCGACAUUUUUCCAUUUUUGAGACAUUUACCGGAUUGGUUUCCCGGGACUGGCUUCAAGCAGAUUGCCCGUCAAUGGGGGGCUUCGUUGACCGAACUUACCGAAAGACCGUAUGCCUUUGUCAAGCAGCAAAUGGCCAACGGAGUCAACGAUCCGUCCUUUUUGUCUCGGUUACUACAGCAGCCCAUCUCAAGUGCCGAUGAGCUGUUCACAGUUAAAUGCUCCGCCAUGUCUCUAUUCACGGCUGGCGCUGAUACGACGGUUUCAUCACUGGCAUGCUUCUUCCUAGCUAUGACCCUGUUCCCAGAAGUCCAAAGGAAAGCGCAAGAAGAAAUAGACCGAGUCGUAGGCACUGGUCGCCUUCCUGAAAUCGCGGAUCGUCCCAGUCUUCCGUACAUUGAUGCAAUGGUGAAGGAAGUCCUUCGAUGGCAUCCUGUAACACCCAUGGGGUUGCCACAUAUGUCUACCGAGGACGAUAUAUGCGAGGGUUAUUUUAUCCCUAAAGGAUCGUAUAUCAUGCCUAAUGUCUGGUUUUUCACCCACGAUCCAAAUGUCUAUCGUGAUCCGUCAGCUUUCGAUCCUGAGCGGUUCCUGGCGACUGAAAAUCACGUCCCAGAACCUGAUCCGCAUGACUUCGCGUUUGGCUUUGGGCGCCGCAUCUGUCCUGGCCGGUUGCUCGCAGAUACGGCCUUGUUUAUCAACAUAGUACAGGCAUUGUCAGUCUUCAAAAUUAGAAAGCCUCUGGAGAAUGGCCUGGAAGUAGAGCCGGUGGUAGAAUUCCUACCCGGUGUUGUUAGCCAUCCAGCCCCAUUUAGGGCUUCGAUACAGCCGCGGUCGCCACACCAUGAAGCACUGAUCAGGAGUAUUGAACAAACGCACCCUUGGGAGCCGAGCGAUGCAAAGUUAAUGCAGAGCGUCAGUUUCUAA